AUGAUGGACUACAAGUUUAGCCGCCGCAGCCGCUGCAGCAGCAGCCGCAGCAGUCGUAGCAGCCUCAGCAGCAGCCUCAGCAGCCGCAGCCGCGACACCAGCACCAGUACUAGCACCAGUACCAGCACCAGUCACAGCAACACCAGCAGCAGCAACAGCAGCAGAAAACCUAGUAACACAGGCAACAGCAGCCUCUCAAGCAGCAGCAGCAACAGCAGCAGCAAACCUAGUAACACAGAUAGCAACAGCAGCAGCAUCUCUAGCAGCAGCAGCAUCCCUAGUAAUACAGACAGCAGCAGCCUCUCUAGCAGCAGCAGCAGCAGCAUCAGACCUUGUAACACAGGCAGCAGCAGCCUUUCUAGCAGCAGCAGCAACAGCAGCAGACCUAGUAACACAGGCAGCAGUAGCAGUAGCAGCAGCAACAGCAGCCCCAGACCUAGUAACAGGGGCAGCAUCAGCAACUAUGACAACAGCAGCGCCAGACCUAGUAACAAGGGCAGCAUCAGCAACUAUGACAACAGCAGCACCAGACCUAGUAACAUGGGCAACAUCAGCGACUAUGGCAACAGCAGCAACAGCAGCAGCCCCCAACCCUCUAGCGGCAACAUCAGCAACAGCAGCAGCAGCAGCCACAGCAGCUACAGCAGCAGCAGCAGUAGCCACAGCAGCAGCAGCAGCAGCAGCCGCAGCCAUAGCAGCAGUCACAGUCGCAGCAGCCACAGUCGCACACGCACACCAUGGGAAUGA